AAUACUCUUAAAAUGUUAAAAUAUUUAUCUGACAAUCACAAGCAUUAAGUCCAACUGGCAAUAAGAAAAAUGUUAUUCACUUUGUGAGCGCGGGUCCGGAGCCCGCGUUGUUUAUCUGCGAAGUCUUUGUCUCAUUUGUCAUCCCAUCGACAUUAAAAGCGGCGAUCUCCGGCUUUGUGCGCAACAAUUCUAAGCACAGGUAAACUGGCUCUCAGCCGAGACACACUAAUUUUUCAUUCGCGCCGACGGGUAGCGGUAUCUCUGUUUGCAUCCUAUUUACAGCUCCCUUGGACAGUUAAAAGGAGUCAAAGAAAAGCCUAUCUUUUCCGUUUACACGUUUGCUGUGCUAACUUCGCCGGGGCAUCGUCUGUGCAUGUGUGCGUGUGCACGUACGCGCGCCGCGCUGCAGGCGUGCGCGUGUCGCGAACAGGGCUGCCACUGGCCUACUUUGGGCGCCGCGUCCGGGAAAUGGGACGUUUGUGAAGAUCCCUGACGCUAAUUACAAGCUUCCUUUCACACGCCCGAUGGAGCUUUUUCGAAUGUUUAUCACGUAUUCCGUAUGUCGCAGAGUUUCUUUGGAAUUUGGGAUUUGUUUAACGUUUUAAUCAAGUUUAGAGCGGGAACCCUACGCGUAUGUUUGUGUGUUAAUGUGAGCGUCAGUGAGAGAUGCUUUGUCGUAAUGCACACAGCGUCAUUAGAGCCGGCAAGUCGUGGGUGCACUCAUAAAAAUUUCAUUUGUCAAUCUGCAAGCACGGCUAGUGCGGGCGGAAGGCGGGAGUCGCCUCGUGUGCGAGCACUUACACCCACACACUGUAAUAUAAUACAACAGUUACGAAUACAGUUUUAUAAUAACGAACUGUUAAAUAAUUAAUAAUUAAAAUGCUGUCGCUUUUCCAAGAAGUAUUUUGCCCCAAUCCAAAUAAUUUAUUUUACUUGCUGAUGGAAGUAAAACUCAGUAUUGAACGAACAAAAUUGCUACGAUCGACAUAAUUAAAGUGACGCUGAAAAUAGCUUUGAUGAAUAUUAUCGAAUUAUCCGGUUUCAUAUCUAAUCUCUUCAUGUUUUCGAAACUGAGCAAAAUGUCAAUCACUAUCCGUGGGACGGUGCCUGCCUCAAGCCCGGAUUAAUUAAUCCAAGAAAAAAUAUAGGCUAUAAUGUCAAAGUAACAGUGCCUACGUAUUUAUGUGGAACCAUACGAUGUUUGUUAGCAAUGUGCAAUUAUAAAUAAAGUAGAGAUAUAAAUAUUAUCUAUUAUUAUUGUCCUCGCUUAUUAAAAAUGGAUAUUUCCACAAUAUAAAUAGGUUUAACAUUUAAGCACAUAAUUGCCGCAUUCCAGUACAAAAAAAACCGGGUUGAAAACAUUAAAAAAAUCGCGAAUGAUUAGUGUGCGCUAUCAUCUAACAAUUCUACCAAUCCGAACGGUCGAAAUACUCUUUGACGCGGGCCGCAGAAGCUUGCGCGGCGCCAGUCAGUAGUCGCCGCGAGUUGGUGCGGAGCGGAUGUGCCGCGCGCUGCUACACACCGCUUGCAUAUCGCAGCGAGUGAUUUGUGAAACGAAAAAAUAAAACAACACCGCAGUGAAAGUGCAUGUGUCAGUGGAUUAUGAUAUGCAUCGUGUUUAAUGUGUAUCACUAACGUGGAUUGAAGGUACAGUGUUCGCUAAUCCAGUAGUUUACUGUGUCGGCAUCUCGUAUCACAGUUACGGCGAGGCAUGUACCGGCGCGCGCGCAGCGGAGCGGCGUCCCCCCGCGCCCCGCACACGUGACCGCCCCCCGCCGCCGCCAUGGCGCCGCACGUUGCACUCUUCCUCAUCCUCUGCCUCGUGCACUGCGACACCAAGACCGUCAUGCAAGAUAAACUAGCGGGUGUGAGGACGGUGGACGUGCAGGCGGUGGAGGGCAUGGUGGCGCAGUUCCCGUGCGACCUCGGGACCGCCGCCAACGACAAGGUCUACAUGGUUUUCUGGUUCAGGGACGAUGCCGGCAUACCUCUAUACAGUUUCGACGUGCGCGGCAAGCACCUGUCGGAGGCGCGGCACUGGUCUGCGCCGGAGGUGUUCGGGCCGCGCGCGCACUUCGCCACGUCGCCGCCGCCCGCCGCGCUGCUCGUGCGCGACGUCAAGCGCCGCGACGAGGGCGUCUACCGCUGCCGCGUGGACUUCCGCAACACGCAGACCACCAGCUUCAGAUACAACCUUACCGUAGUAGUGCCACCAGAGAAGCCGGUGGUAGUGGACCGGUGGGGGCGCGUCAUCAACACCACCACGCUGGGCCCGCACGAGGAGGGGGACGACGUGCUGCUCACCUGCCGGGUGCUCGGAGGUCGGCCGGAGCCAUCAGUGCGCUGGCUGGUGAAUGGAGUUCUAGUGGACGAGGAGUACGAGCACAACACAGGCGACGUGAUCGAGAACCGCUUGCUGUGGCCCGCCAUACGCCGCGCCGACUACGCCGCCGUCUUCACCUGCCAAGCCACCAAUUCACACCUCGUGCCGCCCAAGGAGCUCUCGCUGGUGCUCGACAUGUUCUUGAGACCUCUGACGGUGGAAAUAAAGAAGCCCGCGGAGGUGGGCGAGGGUGGCGCGCUGACUGCAGAGCGCCGGUACGAGGUGGCGUGCGAGUCCGCCGGCAGCCGCCCGCCGGCGCUGGUCUCCUGGUACAAGGGCAAGAGACAGCUCAAGCGGAUCACGGAGGAGCUGAGGGAUAACCUGACGGUGAGCGUGAUGAGCUUCGUGCCGACGCUGGACGACGACGGCAAGCCGCUGACGUGUCGCGCGGAGAACCCCAACGUCACCACGCUCAGCAUCGACACCUCCUGGACCAUCAACGUCGUCUACCCUCCGGUAGUGCGACUGCGGCUGGGCAGCUCGCUUGCCGCCGGUGACAUCAAGGAGGGCGACGACGUGUACUUCGAGUGCCACGUGCGCGCCAACCCACCCGCGAGGAAGCUCUCCUGGCUACACGACGACCGGCCGCUGGCGCACAACGCGACCGCGCGCGUGUUCCACAGCAACCAGAGCCUGGUGCUGCAGAAGGUGACGCGCCACAGCAGCGGCCGCUACGCCUGCUCCGCGCUCAACGCCGAGGGCGAGACUGUCUCCAACGAGCUGCUCUUCCGGGUUAAGUACUCGCCGUCGUGCCGCACGGGCGGCGUGUCCGUGGUGGGCGCGGCGCGCGGCGAGUCCGUAGUGAUCGUAUGCGAGGUGGACGCGGACCCGCCCGCCGCCGUCUUCAAGUGGAAGUUCAACAACUCCGGCGAGACGCUCGACGUCGCCGCCGACCGCUACACCUCCAACGGCAGCGCCAGCAGUCUCAAGUACACGCCAGUCGCGGACCUAGACUACGGCACGCUGUCCUGCUCCGCGUCCAACGAGGUGGGCGCGCAGCUCACUCCGUGCGUUUUCCAGAUGGUGGCCGCCGGCAAGCCUCAUGCUCCGCGCAACUGCACGCUGUGGAACCAGACGUCGGACUCGGUGGAGGUGUCUUGCGUGGCGGGUUUCGACGGCGGCCUGCCGCAGCGAUUCCUGCUCGAGGUGUACUCUGACAGCGCCGUGCCCAGAGUGAACCUGACGUCGGACGAGCCGUCGUGGACGGUGCGCGGGCUGGAGUGGGAGGUGCGCCACCGGCUCGUGGCCGCCGCCUUCAACUCCAAGGGCCGCUCGCCGCCCGCCAGGCUCGACGAUCUGCUGUUCCGGGACCCCGAGAAGAGAACAGGUCAGUGCCUCUAAUAUCAUACUGUUGUUCAUUUGAUAAACAUAAAACUAUCUGACUAUAAACGACGCAAAUAGCCACUCUUAGAGCUG